UUGCAUGGUGAGCCCGUCCUGCAGACAGAACAGUCUCUCUCGCUGCUCUCUGUGUAGCCCACCGGACUUACUUUCCUCCUGCUCUGUCUUUUUAGAGGAGCCGAACAGCUGCUGCUUGAGGAGUUCUCCACAGCCGGCUCUAAGCUACAUUGUAGCUGAGGAUAUUCAUCUGGGUUUUCGAACGAAUUCAAGAAAAUGACACAUUUUAACAAGGGGCCAUCGUACGGAUUAUCUGCUGAAGUGAGAAACAAAAUUGCUCUGAAAUAUGACCUCCAAAGGGAGGAGGAGCUCCGCUUCUGGGUUGAGGAGGUGACAGGAAUGUCUAUUGGAGAGAACUUCCAGAAAGGCUUAAAGGAUGGAGUCAUCCUCUGCGAACUGAUUAACAAGCUGCAGACUGGUUCAGUAAAGAGAAUCAACCUUUCCCAGCUGAACUGGCACAAGCUGGAAAACCUUGGGAAUUUCAUCAAAGCUAUCCUGGCCUAUGGCCUGAAGCCCAAUGACAUCUUUGAGGCCAAUGACCUGUUUGAAAACGGGAACAUGACUCAAGUCCAGACCACAAUGCUUGCACUGGCCAGCAUGGCAAAGACCAAAGGUAUGGACUCAAAGAUUGAUAUCGGGGUGAAAUAUGCAGACAAACAAGCUCGACAUUUUGACGAUGAGAAGAUCAAGGCCGGUCAAUGUGUCAUUGGACUGCAGAUGGGGACAAACAAGUGUGCGAGUCAGGCUGGAAUGACUGCUUAUGGAACCAGAAGACAUCUGUAUGAUCCGAAGACUCAGACUGACAAACCCUACGACCAGAGCACCAUCAGCCUGCAGAUGGGAACCAACAAAGGAGCCAGCCAGGUUAAAGCCUGCUUCUCUUAUAAUGCUGCUCUAAUUUGAUCUAUUUAUAUUCAAUACAUCCUUAAAACAACGAAUGUUAUGUGGAGGAUUGUCUCUGUAUCUGUUCAUGCAGAUAGUUUGACUUUAUGUCUCCAGGUUUGACUUGAGAUUUCUGCACCUACCCCGAUACAAGUUGAAGGUGAAUGGAAUUUAGUUGUGCUAAUAACGGCAUUGACAAAUAUGUGGAUUCAUACCAGAUCAGCCUGCAUUAAAUCAAACAAGGAGCUGUGGUGGUGGCGGCAUGUUGUGUCAAACACCUGGGAGACAUGAUAAAGGAUCCAGGACGUCCAGAGGGAGUAACCGUUAUGAUUAUGAGGGCUUAUCAGACUCCAAAACACUGCACAGGGAUUUAGAAUAGAGCAGGACUUUACAACUCUAUUCUACUUUUGUGGCGAGUCGUAGGAAUCCUCUCUUCAGUUGCAUACAGGAAUGUGCUCUUGCAUGUAUGUGAUUGGCCACUGCAGCGACUUGCUGGAUGAUGUUGUGUACACAACACAACAUUUUGCGGCAAAAGUUACAUUUAUUUGUGUAGCCCAAUAUCCAUCCA